UGCCCUCCUCCUCCUCCUCCUCCUCCUCCUCCUCCGUCCUUUUCCAAAAGAGCCCAGGGUCGGCUGCUCUCUUUGGGCGCGGCUGUCAUUGGACAAAGAGGAGGGUGUUCUCAUAUCCUGCUUAUUGUUGCAGCCUUGCCUUUCCCUCCCUCCCAGAGAGGCUGACAAGGGGAGGCGGAGGCGUCAGAGGGAGAGAAGGAAGGAAGGCAGCCUCAGCCCCCUCUGGGUCCCCCCCCAAAGAACUGCUGGUUGAGACUCCCUUAUCCGAAAUUCUUGGGACCAGAAGUGUUUUGCAUUUCAGAGUUUUGGAAUAUUUGCAUAGACGUCAUGAGAUUAUCUUGGAGAUGGAAGUGAGACCCAGCUCUGAACAUGAAGUUAAAUUAUGUUUUGUGUACACCUUAUACACAUAGCCUGAAGGUAUAGGAGAGAGGAGUUCCUUUCUCCCUGUCGGUGGCUGCCUUGGAGCCCAGAGCAAAGAUGGAGGAACGAGACUCAUUUGGACCUGAAGAAGAAAGAGACGGUGGUGAUACAGCCGAAGCUGGGAGCACUGGGGAAUUUGGGGAAAGAAUGACUCAGAAUGUCCUCAGCGAAGAAGUGCCUGGCUUGGAAGGCCAGCGCUGGCGCUUCAGGGACUUCCGCUAUUGGGAAGCCAAGGGACCCCGGGAGGUUUGCGGCCGCCUCCACACUCUCUGCCGCCAGUGGCUGAAGCCCGAGCAACACACCAAGGCUCAGAUCCUGGACCUGGUCAUCUUGGAGCAGUUCCUGGCUGUCCUUCCUCCGGAGAUGGCCAGCUGGGUCAAGGAAUGUGAGCCAGAAACCAGUUCCCAAGCGAUGGCUUUGGCCGAAGGUUUCCUCUUGAGUCAGAUGGCACUGAAAGAGCAGGAAGAGCAGCCGGUGAGGCACCUGCUUCCUGAAGAAGACAUGGACACUCUAGACAGUCAGAAAAGUCCACCGGAACCUGGAGAGAGGCCACAAACAGAGAGGAUUACACAUGAGGAUGAUAGUAGGUCCUCUUCAAUGGGAAGUGAGCUCCAGUUCGUUGGGGAUGGGGAAUCUGUGACCGUUUUGAAUGAUGCUGGACACCAGUCGUUACCAGGAGAUGGGCCUAAAAAAAUGAUGAGAGGUCAUCAGUCAUCUCUUCUUAAUCCAGUGAAGUCAGUUUCUGCACAAGUGAAUCAGGUUACCUUGGAGGAGCUGGCUGUGGGUUUCACUGAGGAGGAAUGGGCCCUCCUGGAUCCAGAGCAAAGGGCCUUGCACAAGGAAGUCAUGGAAGAGAAUUACGGCAUGGUGACCUCUCUUGGGGAGACGGCUCCACUUGGUGCUAAUGAGCAGAAGAGUCAAAAUGAAGACGCACCAAGCCUAACAUGGUUGGAAAAAGCUAGUUGGAAAGAAGAUGAAGAACAAAGCAUAGAAAUAGAAGAAGAACUGGAGGGAAGAAACCAAGAUACAGAAAUCUGGGAAAUUCCAGAUGAAGAAAAUACAGAGGAAGGCGAGGAGAACUGGAAGUGUGCUGUGUGUGGGAAAUGUUUCCUUUGGAAAUCAAGCCUUUAUGCUCAUAUGAGAAAGCAUACUGAGGAAAAAAUAUUUGAAUGUACACAGUGUGGAAAGUGUUUCCAUUGGCGAUAUCUCCUGAUUGCUCAUCAAAGUAUUCAUACUGGCGAGAAACCUUCAAAAUGCAUGGAGUGUGGAAAGAGCUUCUGUCACAGGUCGUCCCUCAAGAGACAUCAAAGACUCCACACAGGGGAGAGACCCUAUAAGUGCCUGGAGUGUGGAAAGAGCUUCUGUUACAGACCAAGCCUCACUAGUCACCAGCGAAUCCACACAGGGGAGAAACCGUUCAAAUGCUUGGAGUGCGGGGAAGCUUUUCGACAUCGCAGAAACCUCAUGAUACAUCAAGCAAGUUAUACAGGAGAGGGACCCUGUCAGUGCCUAGAAUGUGGAAAGAGCUUCAGUGAUAAGAUAAAGCUCACUUCCCAUCAGAGAACACACAAUCGUGAGAAACCAUAUAAAUGCUCCGAGUGUGGCAAGGGCUUCUCUCACAAAUCACAUCUCAGUACUCAUCAGAGAAUCCAUACCGUUUUCCACAAUUUAUGGGAAACGCUUUGAGAUGAGAAACUGCCUUGGGCUUCAGAUCAAUCAUGCUGGAGAGAAACCACAUGCAUUCCUAGAGUGUGGAAAAGAGCUUGUGUCUGAAAUCAACCUUCAGUAGACCUCAAAGAGUCCAUACUGGAGAAUAGGCAUAUAUAUAUAUUUCUGGAGUGUGGAAAAAGCUUCACUGAAUCACAAUGGAGGAAAAAAAUACAGUGGGCCCUUGAUAUCCACUGGGGUUUGGUUCCAGGACCCUCCAUGGAUACAAAAUCUGUGGAUUUUCAAGUCUCAUUAAAUACAAUGGCAAGUAAAAUGGUGCCUCUUAUAUAAAAUGGCAAAAUCAAGAAUCUAUAUAUUUUUUGAAUAUUUUUCAGACUGUGGAUGCUUGAAUCUGUGAAUAAAGAAUCCAUGGAUAAGGAGGGCCGAUUGUACAUGUCUGGAGUCUGGAAAGAGCUUUAAGCUGAAAUUAGACCUUAAUAGACACUGAACUGUUCACACAAAGGAGAAACCACCCACAGCAUAGGCUCUAUAUGUGGUGCCUCCAACCCAAAAUUAGAAGAGAUUCAACAAAAAAAUUGAUGUUUUCUUCUAGAAAUGUGGUUGAAAUUUGUAGAAGUGCAUGUCAUAUGUCUGUGGUGUAGUCAUUAAGAGAUCAUCAAUAGUUGUGUGAGGCCUCAUGAUCGUAGAGAGAGUGUGGAAAGAGAAAUAUCUUCUGUCUUUCAUUCAAUCAUCUGAGGACCUCAGUGUUCUCUUUGAAAGUUUAUCAUACUGCCAUCUGCUUACUCUGAUACAUGGGCUGUACAUAGGAAUGCAUACAUUUGUUUCUCAUCCUUGUUCUGCCAUUUUCUCUUAUCUCAACAUUUGUUUGAUUUGUAUGUGCAAACUGUGGAAUUUUAAAACAAGAAUAAAGGGAGGGAGUGGAACCAU